CAUAAGCAGGUAAUCGUAUAGGCAGCAAAUCCUAUCUGAAUCGGCCCAUAUGGCAGUUUCUUCUUCUUCUUCAUCUCUUGUGGCUGAAAAUCAAAAUGGUGAACGUGUCAUCCUACUUCCUCUCCCUCAGCUCAAACACGACACUUGUCUAUACACUCUCUCUCUCUCUCUCUCUCUUAUGUUAUUAUCCACUCCUCAUUCUCCUCCUAAACAAUUUCAGAUUACCCACAAAAAAUUUCAUCUCCAGCAAAGGAAUUGAAGUUCCAGUUUCAAGCUUGUUGCAGGUUUUAUCAGAUUGGAUUUCUAAUAGUAAAAAAAAAAGGUGAAGAGAUGUCGGGGGUAUCGCUUGCAGUGGCUCCCCGGAUGGAGCCAGAUCAGACCACAUCCUCCACCGCCGACCCAACUAAACCACAAGAAGCAGUAGUGGGAGGAACGAUGGGGUCGCUUCGCGUGAUAGAGCUCCAACUGGUAGCCUUCAUAAUGGUCUUCUCCGUCAGCGGUCUCGUCCCACUCCUCGACCUCGUCUACCCCGCAUUCGUCUCCGUUUACAUCCUCGCCCUUUCACGAUUCGCCUUCCCUUCCCACCAUCGCCAAGGGAAGACGACGACGAUGACAGAAGAGAUCCUCCAGGAGGGAGGCUUCUUCAGGUUCUACGUGGUGGCGGGGACCACCAUAGGGCUAUUCCUACCAUUAGCUUACGUUCUUGGUGGGUUCGCCCGUGGAGACGAGCAUGCGGUGCGAUCCGCUACACCUCACCUCUUCUUGCUUUCCUUCCAGAUCCUCACUGAGAACAUCAUCAGUGGGUUGACCCUGUUCUCUCCCCCGGUUAGAGCUCUGGUUCCUCUCCUCUAUACGGUUCGCCGGAUCUUCAUCAUCGUCGAUUGGAUCAACGACGUUUGGUUCAUCAAGACUCUUCCAGCAAAUGCUCCAACUAAGGAUACAGUAUGGUCUUGGUUUGGAAAGGUUUUGGCUUUGGCGAACUUUGCUUACUUCUCCAUCAACUUGUUUGGGUUCUUGAUCCCAAAGUUUCUUCCGAGGUCAUUCGAGAUGUAUCUCAGGGAGAGAGAUGAGAUCUACUUCAAGACUAGAGAGGAUAAGCGACCAGUGGAUUCCAACAACACAUCCUCAUACGAGACUCCUUCAUCAAAGAAGUCUGACUGAUUAAUUUGAUUGGUAUAUGAAUGAAUAUAUAGAUAUCGAUAUAUACGCUGCUCUCUUUCUUAUGCUAAAACAUUUUCAUCUUUUCCAGGUGCAGUGCAGUGUAGUCCCGUAGAGCAGCUCUGAUUUGUUGUUGUUCUGUUCAAAUAUUAUGUUUCUUGUGUAAGCUCUAGUGAAUGGACUAGACAUUUUGAGUAUUUAAUUAGAUUUUAAUUAGAUUGGUUUGGAAUUC